AUGGCCACACAAGAGAGAACCCAGUCUAGAUCACAAGCAAGUUCGCCACUUGAAGUAUCUCAUCAUAUGUUGGAAUUAUGUGUCACACAACAUAAAACUGGAAAGAGGGGAGACAAUGGGUUAAGGAAGGAGGUAUGGCUUGACAUAUCUAAAAGGUUGAAUGAGAAGUAUGGGAUGACAUACGAUUGGGAACAAUGUCGAAACCAUUUCAAGAUUUGGAAGGCAAGAUUCAAAGCGCUUAGUGAUAUGCAGAAAAAUAGUGGCAUGGGUUGGAAUGCUCAGGAAAAUAGGUUUGAUGCAGGCCAACAUGUUUGGAAUGAAUUCAAGAAGAAGGAGCAACGAUAUUGGAAAGAUCAUAGCAUUCUACCAAUUCAUGUUGAAGUUGCUAUUUGGCUAGGCAAUGAAAUAGCCACAGGGGCAGCAGCCUCACACCCUGCUGAUGGAGCCCAUGAUGAAGACAUUGAUUUGUCUGCCAAUGAAAGGGCAUUUGAUAAUAUCAACCUUGAGAGUGAAGACAUGGAUCUUGAAGGAGAAGGUACCACUCUCAAACAGAGUACAAACCGUUCAAAGAAAAGGGCUUCUACAUCUAGCAAAAAUCAAGCCCAAUCAAAGAAAAAGAAAGCAGGUGUUGAUAAGGUUGCCAGUCCAUUAAAAAUGAUAGCCAAGGCAAUGUCAGCCAUAUCAACCAAGGAGACUGAUUUUGCAACUAAGUUACAUGAAGCAAUUGGUGCCAUUCCAGGGAUUGACUUUCACAAGAAAAUGGUUAUCAAAGAGUAUUUGAUGGAGAAGAAGGAUAAGGCUACUCUAUUCUUGACUGCUCCUUCUGAAGAGAGGCCUGAAAUGAUUGACUAUUAUCUUCAAAUGAUGGAGUAG